AUGGAUUUAGCUGAUGUGAGUUCGAAACUGGGACAGAUUACGCUUAUCUGUACUAUAUAUAUGGAUUUUGGUGACGGGAACACUGAUAGUAUCGAUGUUCACCAUUCCUUUGCUCAGUCUAACGUAUGUGAUUCUUACAAUACCACUAAAAUUCCACUAAACUCUUAUGAUAUGAAAGCUGAUGGUCGAAGGAGUUCUUUGGGAGCUGAUGGUCGAAGGUGUUCUUUGGGAGCUGAUGGUCGAAGGAGUUCUUUGGGAGCUGAUGGUCGAAUGAGUUCUUUGGGAGCUGAUGGUCGAAGGUGUUCUUUGGGAGCUGAUGGUCGAAGGGGUUCUUUGGGAGCUGGUUGUCGAAGAAGGGACCAUGUGGUCGAAGGUGUUCUUUGGGUGCUACUACUUGCUUUAUAUUUGAAUUUUAAUUCGUUUAAAUUAUGUCGAAUUGAGAGAGGGAUCGACAGCAGCAGAGAACAUAUCUCCACUAUUGAAGACGAACCAAAAUUCCAUAUUUGGUACCAUGCAUAUUACAAGAAAGCGUGA